CUUCCAAGACAAGCUCGCACAUCUCAAAAAGUGUAAACGAGACGGCAAAUUGAGUAAUUGACAUGUCUCGAGAACUACAUCCCCGCACCCAAUUCGUCAGUGGGUUAGAUCUCAGCGGCGUCGUGCAGACCGGCCUUGUCAAGAAGUUUCAUCGAAAAUCGCGCAAUGGUUGCUCGACAUGCCGAGUGCGAAGAGUGAAGUGCGACGAAGAAAAACCCUCCUGUUCAAAUUGCAGACGAAAGGAUUCGAAUUGUAUAUACGAACGAAAUUGGAUCGUUUCAAAGCGACCGGCAGGAGCGUAUACCCUCAGCGCGUUGCCUGAGAAGCAAGCGCACUCAGAGGAUAGGAAUACAGUAGAGCUCCACUUACUGCAAUUCUACAUUAACCGAGCGGGGCCCUCCAUACCCUUCGAUCAAGCAUCAUCUCACGAACUCUGGGUUGAAGUCAUACCCCGCAUGGCUCUCAAGUCGAAAGCUCUUCUCUACAGCGUAUUUGCGAUCACGUCCCUCUAUCAGACGAAGCACAAAAUUGACACCUGCUUUCCAGACUGCCUCAAAGGCCUUUCUAUGGAGAUUGAGCAUGAGACUUACGCGCAGCUUGCCUUCGAACAUCACCGCAGGGACCUUAGCCGGGUCUGUCUCGGCAGUAUCGACAGUAUCUUCAUAACGGCCAACACUAUGCGAUUGAUGGCUUUUGUGGUCCUAUCAACACGCAGUUUGAAGCCUUACUGUCCACCUAUAGAGUGGCUUCGUAUAGUAAAGAGUCAUUGGCACUUAUAUGGCAUGGCCUGGCAAUCGUCCAAGGACGACCCGUCAACUCAAACAUCUCGGUUGGCCCGUACGACGCCGAUUGUGUGGCAGGCGAAUCUACCAACCGGCAGCCAGGAGACAUCACCAUUAGGCCAUCUUCUGCAUGCUUUGCAUCAGGACACGACCAUUGGCUCAGACGAAGACAAUCCUGAAGAAUGGGACGCAGAGACUCGGGAUGCAUAUACAGUGACACUCAAGUACAUUUGCGAUACUUUGCAAUCAGUCCAGAGGCAGGAGUCAUUUGGGUCCAUUGCUAGGAGCCUCAUGCUAUUCCCCGUAGUGAUACCGGAUCACUUCAUACGUCUCGUUGCACUUUGCAAACCGCGGGCCAUUGUCAUAUUAGCUCAUUAUUUCGCCCUCCUUACGUUACUACAGCACUUCUGGUAUAUUGGUGAUACAGGCAUCAGGGAGGUUGAAGCAGCACUUGAGUUUCUACCUCAACGCUGGCGGAGUCAUAUGAGAUGGCCACUACGCGUGAUUGCAACAGGCAGAAGUUUUUCAGCAGGAGUUGGAAGAGAGAACUCAAUAGCUUUUCCUGAGAGCCUAUGUGUUUAUGAGAACCUACACGUUCAUGAGAACCCAGUACAGAGCGAUUGCUUGUAGCGGCGGGCGGAAGGACUCGGUCCAACAUGUAAUUAUGCGAAGGACUUGUUUGGUUUAGUGGCCAGAAAGGCAUUGGCAAUAUGCCUAUUAUCGCAUUGUAGAGUGGAAUGAUCUGGGUUGCCCACGCACUGUGUUGUUUUUGCCGUAUCGAAAGCCACUCAGAGAAAUGCA